UUAAAUUUGAAUUUUGCUCUGUUUAGUAUUCAAUUGCUAUUAGAAUCACUGUGGUCUCUUUUUUUGUUAAAUAUUACUUUUAAUUUCGUUUACACCAUGGAGUUAUUGAAAAUUCAUCAUGAACAUUUCUUCAGCAAAGGAAUCAGAGUGGAUGGACGAAAAUUUAAUGAAUUUCGUGAUUUAUUAGUGAAUAUUGACUCGAUUGAAACAGCCGAUUCAUCCAUUGUUGUCAAGAUAGGAAGUACUACUGUAAUGUGUGGUAUCAAAGUUACUCUAAAUGAAGAUGUGAAAGCUCUUGAAUCCGUUAAUUAUAGUGAUUUGAUUGACUUGGAAAUAGCUCUACAUCCACUGGAUGAAGAUAAAGGAGAACGAGAAGAAAUAAACAGUUUGCUGGUUAAGCUAAUCAAGGGUAAUGUUUUAUUUGACCAUAAACCAUUGAUUUGUGAAGAUGAGGAUGGUGAAAGGCAAUAUUUAACUCUAAACAUUGAACUGAUAUGUCUCAAUAAUGAUGGUAAUGUUCUUGAUGCCUUCAUAAUAGCUUUUCUGGGGGCCAUUAAUUCACUAAAAUUUCCCGAUUACAAGAGUAUAUGUGACGAAAAUUUACACCCUCAACCGACAAGCAAACCUAGCAGAAACAAUGCUGAAUAUAAGCGAUUAAACGUGCUGAAGUUUCCAAUCAGCAUAACCGCUGCAUUGAUGUCAAAUGGUAAUGUUCUUGUAGACCCAAAUCGUGAUGAGGAACAAUUAGCAACUGGUCUAAUAUCUAUAGUAUUUGACGUUGCAACUGAAAAAAUUAUCAUGAUUGAGAAGCAAGGAGGCACUCCAAUGGAUGAUGUCAGUCUGUUAAAGCACAUCUCAUUUUCAAAGUCGAUGGCCACUAAAUUUUUUAAAACGAUGCCGAUACUUCAAUCAAAAGGUGAAGCUAUGGAAACGUGAAUUACCUCAUCUCUUUAACUGAAGCUGCUUUGUGUUUGGAUUUCUUGUUAGAGAACAGUUCAUAAUCUCUUCUCAUUCUCUAUGUUACAAGAUGAUUCAAGUAUCGGUCUAACCUAUAUGCAGCUGUUAUGAUGUCCAUCUAAUUUUUUUCUCUUAUGGUCAAGCUUCAAAGUGUUACAAAGAUUGAAGGAUUUUUCUCUUCUGCAAAAGGUGUCAUAUGAUGACUACUUCAAGAUGGAUUAUUAUUGAGAAUUGUGCAAACAUUAUGCAAAAAUGACGAGUCCAGCAAUUAAAACUGACUUUUCAUCAUUAUUAUGUCAUCUUCAUUUGACCAUCGUUUUUUACUGUGUGUACAAAAAGAAAUGACCUCAUCGUAUUUGAUAUCAUCACUUAUCUUGUAGUAAACAAUGUCCACAGUCUGUCUGGAGCUGGUAAAUAAUCUCUCUCUUUGGGUUGAAAGGGAAAGUGAUAUAUGGAAAGAAGGGGUCCAUUUUGAGGAUAAAAGAGGAGAAGUGGAAACAAGCUAAACUUAUUUACCAGGAAAAAAAACUGAAAGCCAAGUAAAACCGAAAGGGCAAAGAGAAGUGUUAGAGAAAGUAUAACUGAUCGUGUGGAGGAGUUAGAAAGAGUAGGAGGAGGACAUGGCGAUGGUCAUCUCAUUAUAACUGAAACCAUUGAAUCGACAGCCGUCGGUUGAUCCAUUGUAAGAACUGAUUUAAUAUAAAUAAAUGGAACGCGAGACUUCACAGACAAAAACAUGAUUGACUGACCUCGACUCACUUUGUGUCACUUAAAAUGUACAGCAGUGAAUGGGCUAAUUCCUCAGAUUGUACUGAUAUUGGAUGAGUUGAAUUUUGGCAAUCGGUCAAAGGAUGGUCAUUGUAAAGAGUAAAAAUGUGAAAAAAGAAUCGAAGGACAAGCAAUCAACAAAAAAAUGGAAGCAGGAAGAGGAGGAAGAAAAGCAAAAGAAACAGAAAAGUUAUCCUUUCUCUUUGGCCGAAAACAAUCGUAAUAACAUAUUUUAUGUAUUGAAUGAUGUCCAAAUGAAGCUGAUAACCCCAAAGUGAAACUCAUUUUUCCCCUUUCCAUACUAUUAACCGUUAGAGAAGUCCAAAGACUGGGAAAAGAAAGAAAAGAAGGAAAGAAGGAAAGUCUAUCGCCCAAAGUGACCAUUGGCUGCAUCCGUUUUCAUCAACUAUCCCAAUAUUAUUUUCAAGCCAUUUUUUCGGUAACCCAAGAAAAGGGAUUGGACUCAUUCAAUGAACCCUCUCUAUUCUCUUUCGACACACUCCAUCAUCAUUGCCACUCUAACUGUGUAUUUAUCCUCAUUGCUGUUUCUCCUUUUUUUCAACCAUUUUUGAUAUGUUUUACUGCUCACUUCAACUAUUUCCUCCUUUGUCUUUUCACCAUUUUUUUUUGUGCAUAUCAAAGUCAACUGAAUAUAUAUACAAAUGUGAAUGCAAAAAACGAUAAUGAUUACAUGUAAUCAUUCAAAUGGCAUAACCCAUAAAUAUAUAACAUUCCCUUCUUUAUUGUCAAGACGGUUGUUCACUUACACAGAACUGUAAUGAUGGUGAUAUUGAUGGCGAUGAUGAUGAUGAUGAUCUCUACUCAUCUAAUGGUUUAUUUUUUGCUGACUUGCAAGCAAAAAACAAACCUGGUAAAGUUGCUACAAUAUGUGUAAUACCUAACCUAAUAAAGCGUCUGUUUUUGAUAA